CCGACGCCAUCCCUCGGCAUUUCCUCUUUUUCAACAGCCACGACGCAUGGCUUCUCCACUGCACUUGGACCCGGCGGUCGUCGAAGCUGCGGCCAUCGCGUCCGUCAAGCUGGGGCUCGCGCACCAAAAGACGUUUGCGACCGAGCCCGCGGACGCGCGGGGGGACCUCACGCUGUCAACGACGUCGCCGCUCGUGCAAGCGUCGCUCGCGUUUGACGAGCCAACCGCACCGGCGCACGGCGCCGACAUGACGUCGCUUCUAUCGUUUCUGCAGACCAAUCUCGUUGGCGUCGCCAGCGGCUUCAACGCCAACACGGACACGUUCCUCGCGUACGUCCUCGGCGGCGUCCUGCCCCAAGCCAACGUGCUCGACUUUUACAUCAACGCGGUGGACCCGACCACGAUUGCGUGGUCGAAAGCGCCGCUGAUCCAGCGCCUCGAGAUGAACGUGGUCCACUGGUUCUGCGACCUCGUCGGGUACGCACGCGAGUCGUCACUCGGCAUCUUUACGCAGGGCGCGAGCGGCGCCAACUUUGACGCGGCGGUGAUCGCGCGCGUCAAGAAAUUUCCGCGCAACCGCGACAUUGCACUUGGCACCGUGUACCUCUCGUCCGGCGCGCAUUUCUGCAAUGCGCGGGGCGCCCGAAUGGCGGGCAUCCUUCCCGAACAUGUGCGGCAGCUGCCGGUCGACGCGACCGGCCGACUGCGCCUUGAUGCGCUCGCGGCGGCGCUCGCGGCCGAUGUCGAAAAUGGCCUCGUGCCAUUUUUGAUGGUCGCAAGCCUCGGCACGACGUCGCUCGGUGCGGUCGACGACCUUCACGGGAUGGCCGACCUCGCCGACGCGUACGGCUGCCACUUGCACUGCGACGGCGCGCUCGGAGGUUUCUUCUUGCUCACCGAGCGCGGCAAAGCAAGCAUGGACGGCGUGCACCGCGCGGACUCGAUCUCGCUCGACUUUCACAAGGGCAUGGCGCUGCCGUACGCAACCUCGAUGCUGCUCGUAAAGGAGAAGGACGACUUGAUCAACGGGUUCAGCGCCAACGACGACAUGGAGUACAUCAAAAAGACGGACAAGGACGUCAAUUCCCGCUUUGGCAUUGGCACGCAAGACGAGUUUGAUUUGGAUUUGAUCACGUUUGCCGACUGCAGCCCCGACCUCUCGCGCGCGUGCAAGGGCCUCAAAGUGUGGUGGCUCCUCAAACUGCACGGCCUCGACACGUGGCGUGCCCACUUUGACCAUGUGCUCGACGUGGCCGCCGCAGCCCGCCGCGACAUUGCGGCCAUUCGCGGUCUCGAACUCGCGCCCGGCGAUCUCAAUGUUGUGAAUUUCCGCGCCAGCGUGCCAGGCGACGCCGACACGGUGAACGCAGCGACGGACGCGCUCCUCGCCGCCGUCAACGCCCGCCGCGCAGUGUUUUUGUCGAUGGCCACGUACACGACAGCGGACGGCGUCAAGUACGCGACUGCGCGCGCGUGCUUUAUGAACCACAACGUGACGUUGGCGACCGUGCAGACGCUCGUGGACGAGCUCCGUGCGGUCGUGCAUCCCUAAUCAUCGGACGCUCUCCUAGUUUAAAUGCUGAAUGAGCUAAUAACUGAUACCGCUGGCUAGUAUUAUUGCGACUACGCCUUGCAC